AUGGCAGAGAAGAUCAGUGAUGAAACCCCAAAUCCAGAGAAGAUCAAUGAUGAAUCCCCAAAUCCAGAGAAAAUCAAUGAUGAAUCCCCAAAUCCAUUGGCACCAAGUAAUGACGAAGAGUCUAUCACGGCUUACUCGAAAGACCAAAACAGAAAGAAGCAAAUGAAGUGCCUGUUGUAUAUCAUAUUAUUUGCCGUGUUCCAAACAGGGAUUAUAUUGCUUUUCGUGUUAAUCUUCAUGCGUAUUACAAACCCAAAGUUCCGGGUUCGAUCGGGGUCGUUUAUCGACGCUUUUAAUGUUGGAACUGAAGCUUCCCCUUCAUUCGACUUGCGAAUGAAUACCCAAUUCAUGGUAAAGAACACGAAUUUCGGUCACUUCAAGUACAAAGAUGGUACCGUCACCUUUGCAUAUAAGGGCAUACCGGUUGGUAAUGCCAUGAUCGAGAAGGGUCGAGUCGGGGCUAGGUCGACCAAAAAGGUUGAUGUUGUAGUCAAGUUGAGAUCAAAUGGUUUUUCAUUGAAUAUUAGAGAUAAUGAAUUGGGAAGUGAUAUUAGUUCAGGUGUUCUGCCAUUGACCAGUUCGGUAAAGUUGAAAGGGAAGAUAUAUAUGAUGGAGGUGAUAAAGAAGAAGAAAUAUGCCCAAAUGAAUUGUAGUAUGGAAAUUGAUAUCAACUCUAGAACCUUGGGAAAUAUUAUAUGUAAGUGA